AUGUACAAAUUUAUUGGGGGAGGUAUACUCACCUGGACUGAGCUAAGCAAAGUACUGUUCAAAGUGGAAACAAAAAUCAAUCGACGCCCAUUAAGUUAUCUAAUAGAUGAUGUUGAGCUACCAACACUUACACCAUCAACAUUCCUGUUCCAGCGAACCAGUCAGUUGCCAGAAGAGAAAACAUGGAGGAUUGAGAAACUGGACCAACACAAACGCACUAAAUACCUCAUGAACUGCAAGAACAGUCUCUGGAGACGGUGGCAGAGAGAAUAUUUAAUAGCUUUAAAGGAGUGGCACAACCUGACACACAAGGCCGCCAAACUUCAGCCAAACGUUGCAUAUGUUGUAAUUAUAAAGACCAAAAGCAAGAAUUGUAGGAGUUGGCCACCGGCAAUAGUGAACAAAACGUAUCUCGCGAAGGACAGAAUCAUCCACGCAGUUCAAAUCAAAACAGCAAACGGCAUGCUAGAAAGGCCUGUUCAGCACCUGUACCCUCUUGAGCUAAACUCUAAUCAGGCUUGGGAAACACAAGCAGGCACUCCCACAGCAGAUUUGAACCCAAAUGCACUAGUGUUCAGGCUGAGACGGGAUGCUGCAGUUGCUGCCAGAGCCCAGAUCCAGCACCUUGCUGAGGAUGAACAAUGA